AUGGAUCUUAGAGUAGUUGACACUUCAGUUCUUUUACGAAAACGUAAAAGAAAUGAAGAAGAAGAGACAAAAUUGCAGGAGCAAAUAACAUUCAUUGUUGCUAGUGUCGUUGCUAUGCUUUUAGGUGUAGUAGCUUGGUAUCAUGAGAUGCAUUUUGUUAAGGAACCGUCCCGAAAUUGGGAAUUGGAAAGACGCAAUUUCCUUAAUCGUCUAUAUAGAGGAACUGAAAGUGAUUGCAUUGAACAAUUAAGAGUCAGUAAAAGGGCAUUUUUUAAACUUUGUGGAAUUUUACAAGAUAAAGGACAGUUGGUAAGAACAAGAAAUGUCCCAACGAUUGAAGCAGUGGCAAUGUUUUUGCACAUCCUUGCUCACAACCUAAAGUACAGAGUAGUGCACUUUACCUAUUAUAGAUCCAAAGAAACAAUAAGUAGGCAAUUCAACAAUGUCCUACGAGCUGUGAUGAAAAAUUCAAUUGGAGCACUUGAUGGGACACAUAUUCCAGUAACAGUGGCAGCAGAAGAUAAACCUAGAUACCGUAAUAGAAAGGGUGACAUCUCUACGAAUGUGUUAGGGGUUUGUGGUCCAGAUUUAAAGUUUAUUUACGUGUUACCUGGUAAAUACUUUCUGGUCGACGCAGGAUAUACAAAUGGCCCAGGAUUUUUAGCACCUUAUCGAGGGACUAGAUAUCAUCUCAAUGAGUGGAUUGGAAACACCCCUCAAAACUACAAGGAGUUGUUCAAUCUCCGUCAUGCAAGUGCAAGGAAUGUAAUUGAAAGAUCAUUUGGGAUAUUGAAAAAACGAUGGAGUAUAUUAAGAACUCCAUCUUUUUUUGAUAUAAAAACACAAAUAAGAAUGAUUAACGCUUGUUUCGUACUGCACAAUUUUAUAAGAGAUGAGCAACAAUAUGACCCAAUUUUAGAGGUCCAAGACUUGGAGCUUUUAUCGGUUGUUGAUGAAGAGUUAACCAGUCAACAUGGGGAAACAAUUACAAGUAAUGUUGCAAAUGAGGUCACAACUAUUCAAGUAUCUGAGGCAUGGACAACGUUUCGGGACACUUUAGCAAUGGAUAUGGUUACAACUGGACCAGAGACUUGGACAGUGAGGAGCUAUUGGAACAGUUUCUAUAUUGACUUGUUGGUUGCCGGGUAA